AUGCAAAUGGACAGCGUCUCAUGCUCAACAGAAAAUCGCGUUGGAUGUGAUGCUAUUGCAAGGAAUAUCACUUAUUGCAAGAGUCGUAAUGUUAAGGUCCUUAUGUCCAUGGGUGGUGCCACUGUUCAUGACUGUGGUGGAAGUGGCUGUACAGGCAAAUACCGAUUUGACACCAUCGAGGAGGCAAACAAAACCGCUGAUGAAAUGUACAACAUGUUCUUCGCUGGAACGAUCAACAACUCAUAUUGGAGACCAUUCGGAGAUGUGCAGAUGGAUGGGGUGGAUUUAGAUAUUGAAGAGAAACCGCAAGGCGGCCAAACCUAUCAAUGGUACUACGAUGGGUUUGUUACGCGACUUCGAGAGCUCCAAGGGAUGCAGCAGCUAAUUGUAUCAGCGGCACCCGAGUGCCACCAUGGCUGCCCAGGCAACUGUAACGCAUUGGAGCAGACUGUUAACCUGACUGCUUUUGACUAUCUAUUCGUACAAUUUUACAAUGACCCAAGCUGCAGCCUCAAGACAGCUGGCUUUAGUUCAUCCCUUAACUAUUGGUUGAACUUACAGGGACCCAACGCCGAAUCGAUAAUUGUACUGGGCGUCCCUGGCGACAACAGAACGAAUGAUGGCGGAAUAAUGUACUUUGUACCACCAGCUGAGGUUGUUUCCAUUUACAAGGACAAGCACAACCAGAAUCAACGCGUUGAUGGCAUUGGUAUCUGGCAAGCCUCAACCAUUGAUGCACAGUUUCUCCCUAUCAUCCAGGGCGGCAUUCAAGGAAGUACACUAAAUUCAGGCCCUUACAGCCUAAGAAUCCUCGAAACAUCGACCACCUUUUACUCAGAAACUGCUGGAACCUGGCUCAUGGCUCAUUACCUCACCACAUUACUGCCUGAUCUGUUUUAUAUCAAAACAAGCAACACUGGAACGGGUAGAGUGGAGGUCCAUGUUGCCUCUGGUGUUUCAAAUUAUCAAAACCGUAUUCUCGAGACGGGUACUACAUUUGCACCAGAGAACAACGGUGUAUGGCAGAUUAUUGAUUUUGACGGAGACGGCAAACCUGACCUGGUCUACAUCAAAACAAGUAACACUGGAACAGGUAAGGUGGAGGUCCAUGUUGCCUCUGGUGCUUCAAAUUAUCAAAACCGUAUUCUCGAGACGGGUACUACAUUUGCACCAGAGAACAACGGGGUAUGGCAGAUGAUUGACUAUGACGGAGACGGCAAACCUGACCUGGUCUACAUCAAAACAAGUAACACUGGAACAGGUAAAGUGGAGGUCCACGUUGCCUCUGGUGCUUCAAAUUAUCAAAACCGUAUUCUCGAGACGGGCACUACAUUUGCACCAGAGAACAACGGUGUAUGGCAGAUGAUUGACUUUGACGGAGACGGCAAACCUGACCUGGUCUACAUCAAAACAAGUAACACUGGAACAGGUAAGGUGGAGGUCCAUGUUGCCUCUGGUGCUUCAAAUUAUCAAAACCGUAUUCUCGAGACGGGUACUACAUUUGCACCAGAGAACAACGGGGUAUGGCAGAUGAUUGACUAUGACGGAGACGGCAAACCUGACCUGGUCUACAUCAAAACAAGUAAUACUGGAACUGGUAAAGUGGAGGUCCAUGUUGCUGAAGGCUGA